AUGCGCGUUCGUCUCCUCUUUGCGACACUUGGCGUAUGCGGCGCAGCCACGAGUACAGCCUUGUCCACAGUACACUACAGAGGCUCCGUGUACAAAGGAAAUCUGUUCAUUAGGCAUUCGGCACUCAAGUACGAAAAGAAAGUUUCGAAGAAGUCGAAAAGCAACAUCACCAGUUCUCGCGGCGAAAACUCCCACAAACACAACAACCCGGGUGCGAAUCUUGUAAGCACAUUAGAAUCUCCCAUAGUUGGUGUACCUAUUGGAGUGCCUGUCUACGUUGCUCAAGAUGGAGAAGAGCAAGCAGAGGAUAAAGGGGGAAUGAACUUCCUCUCCCCAAUCAGCGGCAACAGGAAAACCGUGACCCUUUCUCUGAGGAAAGAAACGGGGCAACGCCAUUUCAAGUGCACCCAAUUGAACAACCUCUUAUGCAUGCAGUUCUUGCCCGAUAUCUCGAACGCAUACUUAAGGUACAUCCUGGAACAUUUCAACGCAAAUGAUCUUCCAGUGAAAGAAAAUGUUUUGUUUCACCUGACAUUGAGGUACCUACGUGAACGUAACACGAACCCUGUUGGAGGAAAGAUAAAUGAAGGGGAUUCCCAACUGAUUAACAACAUAGAAGAUAAUGCAUACAAAUUUAUUGCCGACCAUGCGAGAAUUAUAAAAAAAUGUGCAAAGAGAAGAAAGCAAAAGGAUGUAGACUUUCUACCAUGUAGGACAGAGGAGGAUAGACGAGAACAAAGAAACUUCUCCCCCACACCUUCUCAAAACAAAAUUAUCGAUGCUUACUUAAAAAUGAAAAAAAAAUUUAACAUUGUUUUUGUCAGCAUAAAAAGUGAAAGAAAUAUUUACAGAGUUUUUAGAAAAAUAAAAAGAAAUAUUUCUUUUUACGAUUUUAUGGAUCGACUAGCCAUUUUGUGUUUUUUCCAUCGACAUGCUCAGCACAGAUUUCUUCUUCACUUUUUCAAAAAAUACAUUUUCCACCUUAACAAUGAAAAUAAUCUAUUUAUCAUUAAUUUUAUCAACGCGCUGGAGGAAAGAACGUUUCUCAAGAAGUACAUUUUGAUUCCUCAUUUGACUUACCAUUCCAUUUUACACACACCUCAUGGAUAUUGCACUUGUGGGGAUAUAUUCAAAUGGACCUUCCUCCCCCUUAAUACGUGCAACUAUGUGGAGACAUACAUGAAGGAGAAGUUAUUUAUCGGAGGAUCCAACAGUAGGGGUGGACCCAAGGAGGAGGUGGCUUUCCUAAUAUACGCAAAUUUGCUGGAUUCCCUUACGCAGAAGAGGAAUUACUACUUCCCUGAACUGUUCCUUAAGCAAUUUUGCCUGUACUAUUCAGAAAAAAAAAAAUACAUCCCCCACGAUGAGAAGUGGCACUACUUCCUCAUCACCGUGUCGUCGCUCAUGAAGGCGUACUACAUGAAGAGGAAGUUCUACGUGAGCCAUCCACAUGGGGGAGCAGACCAUCCACUAGUAAACCGCGUUACCAUACACGACGAUGAUAUUUUCAGGGACAAAGCGCACAGCUUGGCAACCUGUGGAGGAAAUCGCCUGAACAGUCAGCUGGUGAAUUACCUUCAGGGGGAAAUCCACGGAGGGAAGAUCCACGGGGGGGGCACGCUCAAACAGUACUCCCUUCUGCUCCUUCUCCAGUACAUCUUCCUACUCGAUCUAAAUCUAGAACAUGUUAACCUGGUAAGUAGAAACUCCGCCAAUCAUUUUUCCAAUUGGAUGGACAAUAACGAGUCGCCAAGGGAGAGAAUGACUGAAGAAGACAGUGGAACAAAAUCCACAUUUUUGAAAAAGCAUGCAACGCUACCUUCACAAAGGGAAAAGCUCCUUCUACAAAUAAUUCUCUUGUAUAAGUCGAUUCUAUCAAGUCACUGUAAUCACACAGGUGAAACAAUUCUUUUAUAUAAUUACACGUUCCAGGAUAUCACAGAAUUUGUGGAGAAUUAUUUAACUGACUUGGUGGAGAAAUCCUACCAUGGGGGGAGAGAAGUUCCUGAGGAGAUGAAAAUGUGCGUAAAACACAUCCUACCGCUGUGCAGAAUUAACCCUCGUCUUCUCUUCAUGCUCCUGGGAGCAAUAAAGGAGAGUAGAAAUACCCACCUUUGGAAGCACCUCCGGUUGGGAAAUCAACACGCGCUGAGGAAUUUGCAGCAAUGGGUAAAGGAAGCCAUCGCAAGGGAGUUUCUCCAAGUUGAUGCACAGGGAGGGGUUUACGACAGAAAGUCAACCAAGAGGGGCGAUCCAACAUUAUCCCGUGUCAUAUCAGCUUACGAAGCGGUGCACAAAAUUUACAAAGAAAUAACCAGUUGCUACGACAAGGCGAAUAUAAAGAAGCUGACGAAGGAUCUCCUCUCCGAGGGCAACGGAACAAAGGAGGAAUCUUCCCCCCUGGACAUUUUUAAGAGACCAAUAUUAGCCCUAAAUUUGAAGCAGAUUUUUUUCCUCUUCGUUAUUUUGAAUUAUUUCAACUUGCAUGCAGAGAUUAUUCAUCUCUUUCGACAUAUUAUGGGGAGCGCUGCGUUUCGGAAAUUUUUCUGCAGGGCUGUUCAGAAAAAGGGGCAUCAUCCCAGUGUGGGCAACCAACCCAUCGUGGAGAACCAGUGUAUUGAUCAGGUGGAAUACUGGAUGUGCCAAAAAAUUCUCUACAUUUACUGCAAUUCAAGUUUUUCUGUAGACAAUUGUUUGCGCCUGCCCGCGGGGGUGACAUGGUCCAGACAGAUCAUGAAGCACGUACUCUUCUAUCGUGACCCGCUGUACAUAUUUAACCACCUGAUUGGGAAAUACGGAAGGGCAGCAACUGUCGGGGAGAACAUGGAUAGUGCGACGAGGGAGGGCACCUCGAACGAGGAUCUCCCCAACGACCAUCUCCACAACGACCAUCUCCACAACGAGGGUGAAGACUCAGUGGAGAAAAUUUUACAGAAAGUAGAAAAGAGCAAAUUCUUCCACGAGAGCACUCUGAGUAAAUUCCGAAGUAGUCCCAUUUUUAAGCAAUUCUUCGAAGGAAAAAUAUACACCCGCGUAAGUCAGAAGGAAUACACACUAAUUUUUUACGCCUUGAUGAUAUAUAUAUACAAGCACGGAUUAACAGGGCGCAGCGAUUUGGAUGGGAACAGAACAAAGAAAAGUGAAAAUAAUCCCGCUGAGUUAUUGCCUCAGGAGGAGUUCAUAUACCUGCAUUUUUACUUCGCAUGGCAAUCGUACUUGAAGCUACACAGAAUGAGCAAGAUAAAUUUCCUAAUCGGUGCGAAGACAUUUCUGCUAGUGAAUGAUGUCGAAAGGUUCCAAAGUUUACUUUGCACAAACAAAAGGAUGGUAACCAAGUAUGCCAUCCUUCUGAACUCGCUUCUGAAUAAUUACAUCCAUAAUUAUGAUGAUCAAAUGAAUAUCAUGCAGAAUAUUAUAAUAGCUCCCACUGAUAUGUACAUCACCUACCAAGGAGAACUCAUUAUAUUUAAUUUAAAUUACGAACAACUUGUGCGCAGAAUACGUCCAUUUGGGGAGUACAGCAAUCAGUGUAAAGUGACACUCUUCAUCGAUUACAGGAAGUUGUACCCAGACAUAAUCAACUUAAAGUUUUUUCUUACCAUCCCUUUUUUACAAAGUCAAAAAGUGAAAACAUUCCUUAAGGAAAAUAAAAUAAAUUUACAUGAACAAUUUUUUUGGGAUAUUACCGACCUGGUCAUAUUUUACGGGAAAUGUCUCGACAAAAAGAAUAAAAUUGGGGAUUUCUUUUCUCAACAGAUGACUAAUUUUUCCAUCCAAGAGAAUAAACUUGUUAAAGACGCAUUCAUUAUUUCAAGGAAGAGGUAA